CAAUUAGUGUGCUGCCAAUUGUAUUGUGACAUCUUUAUGUGUCAUUUGUUUCUUUUUCUGUAGUCUCCAUAAGAAUCUUCUCUUGGUGCUGGCAUUGUGGUGUAGUAGAUAAGCCACAGCCAGCAGCACCAGCAACCCAGUUCCAGCUCAAGUUCUGGCUGCUCCAUUUUUGAUCCAGCUGCCUGCUUAUGCACCUGGGAAAGCAGCAGAAUAUACCCCAAACACGUGGGCUCUUACCACUCAUGUGGGAGAUAUGGGUGAAAUAACAGGUUCCUAGCUUCAGCCUGGCCCAGCCGCAGUGAUUGUGGCCAUUGUGGGGGUAAACCAACAAGUGGAAUCUCUCUUUGUCUCUCCCUCUCUCUUCGUACACUGGCCUUUGAAAUAAAAAUAAAUCUUUCUUUUGCAAUUGUUAAAAAGUGUCAGAGGAUUUGACUACACUGUUUUCUUAGAUGCAGCCAACCCCAUGAGGGCACCGAGAGCUGACGGCCACACAAGGCUCCCAACACACCCCACAGCUCCUCCUCAGUGGCGGGGGACGGGGAGAUGGUUCUAGUCCAUCUGCUGCCCAAACCUUCCUUAGCACAGAGACCUGGGCCUCCAGUUCUAGCCUUCCCGCUCUGUUCCCGAGCAUCUGUAGAGCGUCUCCACACUGUUUCCUGUUUCCAUGGGAGACCGUGGGGAGGAAGAAAAGCCACCCAGAGAAGGAACUCCGGGGUGGCUCACACACCUGAAGUGUGGGGGAGGAGGCCGGAAGUGAAGGGGCGGGGAUUGGUGAGGAGGCAGGGCUCACUCACCGGAAGUGUGGGGGAGGAGGCCGGAAGCGAAGUGUUGGGGAUUGGUGAGGAGUCCAGAAGACAGAUGGUGAAGGCGGAUUUUCACUCAGGGCUACCUGGGGGACUUUGGUGGAGGCACUCGGCUGUUUCAUCUGGCUGAGACUCGGUCGUCAUCAGCGAGCUGAGAACUCUGCAUGAAGGUGUGAGUUUUCAGGAGGACAGUUUGCGGGCUGUGCUUGGGACGAGGGGUGGAGAGGCAGGGCUGGAGGUGGGCCUGGCCGCCAGGGCUUCUGCCCCUCUGCCCUCUGCCACCUCAGGACUAACCUGGCUGACGGGGCGGGAAGAUGGAUACCACUGCGAAGAUUCCUAACCCUGUGAAGACCCUGCAGGAGGAGGCAGUGUGCGCCAUCUGCCUCGAUUACUUCACAGACCCUGUGUCCAUCCGCUGUGGGCACAACUUCUGCCGAGUGUGUAUAACUCAGUUGUGGUUCAGGCAGGAUGAGGACGGAGAGGAGUUAGAAUGGGAAGAGGAGGAGGGGGAGGAGGGGGAGGAGGGGGAGGAGGGGGAGGAGGAGGAAGAGGAAGACAUUGAGGAGACUGUGGGGGCCAGUGUUGGAUUGGAAACGCCCAUUGUGGAUGAUGACUUGCAGCGUGCCAUGGAGGAGGAGUUUGAGGGGCCCAUUGGAAACAGGGAGUCCAACUGGGAUUCCGUGUGGGGGGAGGAGGAGGAGGAAGAGGAAGAUCAGGACGUAGUGGACAUGCAGGAGGAGCACCUCAGUUGGGAGGAUGAGGAGGAAGUUCUGGCAGAGGGUGAGGAAGAGGAGCUGGACCCCGCCGCCCCACUGUCUCCUCCUCCAGAGCUUCGGAGGUGCUUCACUUGCCCCCAGUGCCGAAAGAGUUUCCAUCGGUGGAGCUUCCGCCCCAACCUGCAGCUGGCCAACAUGGUGCAGGUGAUUCGGCAGAUGCACCCAAACCCUGCCCAAGGGAGCCAUGUAAAUGAGCAGGCCAUGUGUCCCAAACACCAAGAAGCCCUGACGCUCUUCUGCAAGGUAGACGAAGAGGCCAUCUGUGUGGUUUGCCGUGAAUCUCGGAGGCACAAACAGCACAGUGUGGUGCCGGUGGAGGAGGUGGUGCAGGGGUACAAGGCCAAGUUGCAGGGGCAUCUGGAACCCCUAAGGAAGCACCUGGGGGAGCUACAGGACAUGAAAGCCGAGGAGGAGAGGCGGUUGGCAGAGCUAAACAGCCAGAUGGAUUUAGAGCUGGCAGGUGCAGCCUCCGAGUUUGGGCAGCUGACCGAGUUUUUGGAGGAAGAGCAGGCACAUCUGCAGUGGCUCAUCCAAGAGAUGUACAAAGCAAAGAUGGGAAGAGCUAGAGCCAAUGUCAACCACUUCUCAGAGCAGUUUACCAAACUGAGUGGCCUGCUGGCUGAGGUCCAGGAGCGGAGCCAGCAGGGAGGCCUACUGCUUCUCCAGGAGACUCUCAAAAAGUGUCAAGAGGUAUUGCAGCAGCCCCCAAAGAUCUUUCCCCCUGAAAUAUCCCAACCCCUUGGUGAUGACUUCAGGACAGACGCCAUCGUGAGGAAAAUGAGCCGAGUGUUCUGUAAGGAUACAAGAGUGAACCUGAAGCCAGAUCCUGAUGCAGCUCCUCUGGCUCCGAAUCUGUCCACCGAUUCUGUGAUCCACCUGGUGGAGAGGCGGCAGGAGGUUUUUGACCAUCCCUACACGUUCUCAGCCCUCAGCUAACUGUUGUGUACUGGGGUCCCAGGACUUAGCUCUGGCUGUCAUUCUCUAGCUGUCACUACUGGGAGGUAAUGUUUGAUGGAGGGGUUGGACUAUCUGCGCUGCUUCUGAAUCAACCCAUCCUAUGGAGGUUGGAUUCUGAGAGGACCUCUGUGGACAUUGUGGAUGCCAGCUCCUCACAUCAUUUCAGUGGAUGACAUCACUUUCCCAGCAGCCCCUGCUACAGCAGCUAGUGUGAUGUGUGUACACCAUUGGCAGCUGUCUAUGCUCAGAGCUCAAUUGAGCAGAUAUUGCUGAGCCUGAGUGAGAAAACAUAGAGCUUUGGAAAAUACCUGUACUGUGAGUUGGAGCACGUGGGCUUCCACAACAUGGAGAUUCUAGCCCACCUGCACAGCUUCUUGCCUGGUUUCCUAUGUUAGAGUGUCUUUCCUUUAUUCCAGCUCCUCUCCAAACUCAUCUGCACCGAGCUCUGCCCUUGAUCAGCCAGUCAUCUGUAGGUGCUCCUUAUAUCAUCUCUCAUUUCUGCUUGGGUGGGUGGUCGGUGGUGGGUGGUGGUGGAGGCUGUCCUAUAAGUUUAUGUUCUCAAAAACACCUCCCACUAUGUUUCUGCGUUGCCUCUGGCUGUUCAUUGAAUCCUGUCUCUCUCUCUAGGAGCAUAAAGACCCUCCUGUCCUCCGUUUCAGCCUUCUCACCUACUGUGUCUGUCCAGCAGGGUCUGCAUGGGGAUCCCUGAUAAUGAGAUCAGCUGUCUGGUUUUCCCUGUAUAUUUCAGUCUAUCCCUGGGUAUGAGUUUGAGUAGGGGAUGGGAGCAGAUUGUAAUUUUAUUCCUUAACUUCCUUUUCCCCCAACUGCUCUUCCUUAUGUCAGCCCUGAAGCUGGAGGGUUUGGGCAACACAGCAUCCCCAUUCCAACUCCAUUUUCGGGUGCAAAUUUUAACUAAAGGAUGUGAAAUACUUUUUGAGGAGGCAGGCUGCACAAAAGGGCAGACCUGCGUAAAGAAAUUCCCACUCUCCUCAGAAAGCUGAAGGGAUUCUAAACUUUCCUUCCAUCCUGAAUUUUUACCUGCAUAGAACAACCAGAACUUAGCUUCAGUGACACAUCUGGAAUGGUCAAUAUGAUUGAAAUUGUGUAACAUUAUAUAACCCAGGAAGUUAUUUUCUCCUCCUUCCUUUUCCCAGUACUUGAAUCUUUUUACAAGCUUACUCCAUCCUACCCCCUCCACAUCUUCUCACAGCCAAACUUCCUUUCUCUUUAUUGCAGUUGCUUUUGUUAGUUUUCCGCCUGUCUCUCUGCCUUUUCAUUCUCUUCAUGUGACAAGCUGUGUCCCUGCUGAAACGCAAGUAACGUGUUCAUGCCUGAUCUCAUCUGAUCUUGGAAGCUAAGCAGGGUUGGGCCUGGUUACUACUUGUCUGGGAGAAAUCACAGUAUUUGAUCUUUUAUGUUAGGUUUCUUUAAUUUGAAUUCACUUUUGAGAUAUAGUUGAGCUGUACAUGCAUUGGUAAUUUGUUACUUUUCAUUACUGAGUGGUGUUGCAUUACAUGAGUCUACCUCAGUUUAUUUAUCCUUUAGCAAUUGUUAAACAUUUUGGUGAUUACAAAGUUUGCCUGAUAUAAGGGAAGCUCCUGUGAGCAUUUCAUUAGGAGUCCUCUUGGGUGCAGAAGUUCUCAUUUCCGUUGAAAGUCUGUCUAGAAUUCUGUAGCACUAAUAUUACUGAGUUAUACUGUAAAUUUAUCUCUGAAAUGAAAUUCCUAACUCUUAUGUAAAGUCAAAGUACAUAUUUUCUUUCCUAGAAACAUGAUGUGAAAAUUCCAGAUAUGAUAUGUAUUUUUUCUAGUUUAUGUGCUUUCUUUUCAUGUUCUUAGUAUCUUUUAAAGAGGAACACUUUUAUUUAUUAAACUUGAUACAUUUUCUAAUUCAUAGCUUCUGAUUUUUGAAUCCUAAGAAAUUUUCAUACAUUCUCUGAUAUUCUAUAGAAGUUGUAUAAAAUGGGAUAUUACAUUUAUGUAUCUGGUUCUUUUGGACUUAUUUGUUAAAUAUGUGAAAGAAUGUCAGAGGUUUGUGUGUUUGCAUGCUGAAUUCUUACUGUUUAAACACUUUUCCUUCAAUAAAAUGCCUUUUCCUAUU